AGUAGAAUAGUCUAGGAAAGUAGAAUAGUUCAAAUAUGGACGCAUCCACUAGUAACUCUUCCAUCUCUUUCCUUCUUUUUACUUAAUUUUCGUCUUUCGAUCGGCGGCAACGAAAUUAAGGGGCUCGCAUAACCUGAGAUUGUUUAAUCGAUAUCGGCUUAUUAAUGUAAUUAUUUAAAUUUUAUUACUUAUUGUUCUUCAUCUUCUUGUUUGUGGAUUGAAUUGCCCUUUCAAAUUUUCACUUCAAUAAAUUAACCUAAUGUUUGUUUCUUUCGUGAAUGGAUACAUAAAUUAUAUAUGCAACAGGGAACAACAAGUUACUAACGUUACUAUUCUCCUUAAUGCACCUCAUCACGACAGUGCUGCUGCUAGUUGGGUUUUUUUUUUUUUUUUUUUUUUUUUUUUUUUUUUUUUUUUUUUUUUUGUAUGUUAAUUGAGGCUUAUGGGUUGAAUUGCCCUUAAUUUCAAUUCAAUAACCACAACUAAUUUUAUUCUGUUUGGUUUUUUCAUAUAUAUAUAUAUAUAGGUACACUGUUUCUUUAGCAAGGUCGGCAGUGCCUGGUUAUUGUGGCGGUCUUAAGCGAUGGUGGUGGGAUAAAAUAACGAAAAACAGAAAGCAGCGAUGGAUUGUGGCAUUAGCUUUGGCAUCGGUUUACAUGUUUCAGGCCAUUUAUGUUGGUGGAAUUUCUACUACUAACCUUCUCGUUCCCAUAUAUUCGUUGUUUCCGUUUGCACCAGUACUUCUGCGGCCAAAUGGAGCGCUCCAUUCCAAGGAUUCUCUUCCGGUGUAUUCCUCCGACGAGUUCAAGCCCUUCAUUCCCAAACUCCCAGAGUGUACCUUCUGGUGCAUUUGGAUGGUGACUUUCACCGUUGCCUUGAUGUCGUCUUUCUCGUGGCAUGCUCAAUUUUUUGCCUUCGUUUUGUGCGGCGGCAUUCCGGUGUUGGGGCCUCCUAUUAGGUCGAUGAUGAAACACAAGCAUCUCCAAUUCAACUUCUGCAACCUGGUAUACAAAAAGAAGAAAACGAAGAAGCAUGAGUAGCAGUGGUUGUGGUGUUCAUUGGCAGCUGUUACAGAGCCUCCCUGGAUGGUGCAAACAUUUGACGAUUUUGAAAUUUUACAAUUGAACAAAUAAAUCAUGUAAUAAUAUUCAUAAAGUUGUAAGCAUUUAUGUUUUUGGAUAUUUCCAUUUUAAUCUAACACAUUUAAUUUUAAA